UACAAGAAAAAGCACAAUAGGAGGCCGAAAAGAGAGAAAGAGGAGAGAGAGUGAUUCACAUCUCACCCCAUCUCUCUUUCUCUCUCCCCACCCGGCCAUCAAUGCUUUGUCGGAGCUCGUUCUCUUCCUCAAUCAAUCAAUCAAUUACGCUGCCUCCAAUUAAACGAAGCUUCAUUUGGCUAAUCAGAUUCAGGGUUUGAAGCCGGAGAUUAGAGCACGGCAAGAUGACGAUGAAUGAGCGGAAGACUAUAGACUUGGACCAGGGAUGGGAGUUUAUGCAGAAAGGGAUUACAAAACUGAAGAACAUUCUAGAGGGACAGCCGGAGCCACAGUUCAGUUCGGAGGAUUACAUGAUGCUCUACACAACCAUCUACAAUAUGUGCACUCAAAAGCCCCCUCACGAUUACUCGCAGCAGCUGUAUGAUAAGUACCGGGAGUCUUUCGAAGAAUACAUUACUUCUACGGUAUUGCCUUCUUUAAGAGAGAAGCAUGAUGAGUUCAUGUUGAGAGAACUUGUGAAGAGGUGGUCAAAUCAUAAAGUGAUGGUCAGGUGGCUUUCUCGAUUCUUUCAUUAUCUUGAUCGCUACUUCAUCGCUCGGAGGUCACUUCCGGCCCUUCACGAAGUUGGACUGACUUGCUUCCGCGAUCUGGUCUACCUGGAGUUAAAUGGGAAAGUAAGGGAUGCUGUAAUAUCUCUGAUUGAUCAAGAGCGUGAGGGAGAGCAGAUUGACCGGGCUUUGUUAAAGAAUGUAUUGGAUAUCUUUGUUGAGAUCGGAAUGGGGCUGAUGGAUUCUUAUGAGAAUGACUUUGAAGCUGCUAUGCUCAAAGAUACAGCUGCUUAUUAUUCCCGGAAGGCUUCAAACUGGAUCUUGGAAGAUUCCUGUCCUGAUUAUAUGUUAAAAGCGGAGGAGUGUUUGAAGCGAGAGAAGGACAGGGUUUCUCAUUACCUACAUUCAAGUAGUGAGUCAAAGUUGCUCGAGAAAGUCCAACAUGAGUUGUUGUCCGUUUAUGCCACCCAAUUGCUUGAGAAGGAGCACUCCGGAUGUCAUGCGUUGCUUAGGGACGACAAGGUCGAGGAUUUGUCUAGGAUGUAUAGGCUCUUUUCUAAAAUACCUAAAGGCUUAGAUCCUGUUUCUAGUAUUUUUAAACAGCAUGUUACUGCUGAAGGUACAGCCUUGGUUAAACAAGCAGAAGAUGCAGCUAGCAAUAAGAAGGCAGACAAGAAAGACGUGGUCGGCCUGCAGGAACAGGUUUUUGUUAGAAAAGUGAUUGAGCUUCAUGACAAGUACCUGGCAUACGUAAACGAAUGUUUUAUGAACCAUACGCUUUUCCACAAGGCACUCAAGGAGGCUUUUGAAGUCUUCUGCAAUAAGGGUGUUGGUGGAAGCUCAAGUGCAGAACUUCUGGCUACGUUUUGUGAUAAUAUUCUGAAGAAAGGUGGUAGUGAGAAAUUGAGCGAUGAAGCCAUCGAAGAAACGCUAGAGAAGGUAGUAAAGCUGCUUGCUUAUAUUAGCGAUAAGGAUCUGUUUGCUGAAUUCUACAGAAAAAAGCUUGCUCGGCGCUUACUUUUCGACAAGAGUGCCAAUGAUGAGCAUGAGAGAAGUAUUCUCACAAAGCUGAAGCAGCAGUGUGGUGGUCAGUUCACCUCAAAGAUGGAGGGAAUGGUCACAGAUUUGACAUUGGCGAGGGAAAAUCAAACCAACUUUGAAGAGUAUCUUGGCAAUAAUCCAAAUGCAAAUCCAGGGAUAGACUUGACCGUUACUGUCCUGACUACUGGCUUUUGGCCAAGUUACAAAUCUUUUGAUCUCAACCUCCCAGCGGAAAUGGUUAAGUGUGUUGAAGUUUUCAGAGAAUUCUAUCAAACGAAAACAAAGCACAGAAAACUUACAUGGAUAUACUCAUUGGGCACUUGUAACAUUAAUGGAAAAUUUGAGCCUAAAACCAUGGAGCUUAUUGUGACUACCUACCAGGCUUCUGCUCUGCUUCUCUUCAACUCCUCGGACAGAUUGAGUUAUCAGGAAAUCAUGACUCAGUUAAACUUGACGGAUGACGAUGUUGUUAGACUGCUCCAUUCCCUGUCAUGUGCAAAAUAUAAAAUUCUUAGUAAAGAGCCAAACACCAAAACUAUCUCUCCUACUGAUCACUUCGAGUUCAACUCCAAGUUCACCGACAAGAUGAGACGUAUCAAGAUUCCUCUCCCUCCUGUGGAUGAGAAGAAAAAGGUAAUUGAAGAUGUCGAUAAGGACAGAAGGUAUGCUAUUGAUGCUUCAAUUGUGCGUAUCAUGAAGAGUCGGAAAGUUUUAGGCCACCAGCAGUUGGUUAUGGAGUGCGUUGAGCAGUUGGGCCGCAUGUUCAAGCCGGACUUCAAAGCUAUCAAGAAGAGGAUUGAAGAUUUGAUCACUCGGGACUAUCUGGAAAGAGACAAGGACAAUCCUAAUCUGUUUAGGUAUCUAGCAUGAUUUGGCUACUUCCCAGUCGAGCUGGAUCAAUGCUUCAAAUGGCACCAAAUGUUGCGGGAAUCAAGUCAUGGUGGUGAAGUUGAGGCCAAAUUGCUGUAAAAAUAAAGCCACUGUCAAGAUCCUAAAUUGAUGACUGCCGAAGCCAGAGAACUCUUGUACCUUUUGCCCUCAAGUUAGAAGUCGUGCGAGGAGAAGAGGACAAAAUUGCCUGUCCGUCGGAAGAUUUGUAACUUAUGUAAUGUGUUUAGUGCAAAUGAGACCAUCAGCUUUUUACCGUCCGCAUACUGCAAUUCGCUCAUCUGUGUUGAUGCUUUUGUUCUUCACUGAUUUCAGAUUGCAUGUCUGUAUGGAGAGAUCGUAAUUUAAUCUGUUCAAGCUUUCCAGUU